AUGGAAGAGGGAAAAAUUCCCCGACAGUACCGCCAUGGUAUUCGACAUUCUUCAUCGCACGAUCGGUCGUCGUCAUUCCGCUCCAAACGUGGUUCUGAAAGUCGACGCGAGCGUCGCAGCCGAAGCCGCAGUCGCAGUCAUGGUCGAAGAUCCCAUUGGAGAAGGGAUCACAGCCGCGAGCACCGACAUGUGCGCCACCAUCGGAGACAUCGAAGUCGUAGUCAUGAGGAAGCUCGACGAAGAAGGCGUAGGGACGAAAGAAGACGGAGGAGGUCAUCGUCAUCGUCCUCGUCAUCUUCCUGCCAAAGAAGCCGUCAUUCAUCAAAACGUGAAAAGGAAAGAGAAACUGGUUUUUCCCGAAAGAUCAUCGGUUCACGUUCCGAACUAGCAAAGGCUCAGGAGGCUGUAAAGCCAGUGGAUCCCAUCGCUGCAAAGAUAGAAGCUGCCAACAAAGCCUCAGCAAUUAUGGCCUCAGCUAUCAGACCAGGUAUGACUUGCCAUUGCUUUUCCGUUUGCGCAGCAUUAAUUUUGACGUUGUUAGAUUAUAAAUGUAACAAAUCAUACAUUUUUCUCGUCAACGCAGGCACAACCGGAGGGUCUACCUAUAACACCACAGCUACGCCCCAGGAAGUCCUUGCUCGCCUUCAGGAGACUCAAAUGGCUCAAGUUCGUGCCAAGGCAGAGGCUGCCGCUUCUGCAGCCAAUUUGCCGAGAUUCUACAAUCCAAUGUCGGUGAACGCUGCCAAACUUGCAGAGCAACAACAAAAGCGGAAACUCCUUUGGUCUAAGAAAGCCGACCCGGAGACCGAAGCGAAAGAGGAGGCGAAAUCGAAAAUGUGGAAAACGACUUCAAUGGUUGCUGGGAAGGGUGAUUCCGCUGCAGCCGCCAAGUUUCGCAAACUCAUGGGGAUCCACGACACCACUGCAGGUAAGACUGAUGGUCGCACUUCAGACGAGGCUCUGAACCGAGCUCAAGCCCAAGCUGACCUCUUCAGGAAGCUUGAACAGGAGUACGAAAUGUCGCGCACCCUAACUCACACACAACGUGGUGUCGGCCUGGGGUAUUCUUCUGCAGUAACCGAUUAUAGUGCCUAUACUGCCAUGAAACAAGCAGGUGGGAGCACAAGCCAGGAUGGUAGUUGA